GAUACGUGGCAAUUAUUGUCGCAGAAUCAAAUUCGGCUGGACGCUUCACUCAAGGAAAUGAAAACCAAGAUCCGUCAAUAAAAGGAAAUUUGACUCGUCUUAGUGUAAAAAAAUUGAAAAUUUGUGAAAAGAUGCCCUAUUUUCAUAUGGAUGAGUCAUAUAUUUUGGAAAUUAUGGAAAAUGAAUCCAAUUUAAAUGCAAAUUCAGUGUGGGGCGCUCUUCGUGGUCUCGAAACUUUCAGUCAAUUAUUGUCAGCAUCCGGAGAAGGAAAUAGUUUGAAAAUAAAAAGACAAAUUAUUGAAGAUAAACCUCGAUUGCCACACAGAGGACUUCUUUUGGAUACGUCUCGUCAUUUUCUACCCGUUAAGGAUAUUCUUCUCACUUUAGAUGCAAUGUCCUACAAUAAAUUAAACGUAUUUCACUGGCAUAUUGUCGACGACAAUAGUUUUCCAUAUGAGAGCGCAGUUUUUCCAGAAUUAUCAUCAAAAGGCGCUUAUCAUCCAUCGAUGAUUUACAAGAGAAACGAUAUCGAAGAAAUAAUAAAUUAUGCCCGACUUCGUGGAAUUCGUGUCAUUCCUGAAUUUGAUACACCUGGGCAUACGGAAUCGUGGGGCCAAGGAUAUCCCGAGUUACUCACUAAAUGUUACGAUAAAAAUGGAAAUUUAGAUGGAACUGUUGGACCUCUCGAUCCGACAAAUCCGAAAGUAUACGAAUUUUUGGACAAAUUGUUUCAUGAGAUUGUUGAUGUUUUCCCGGAAAAAUAUCUCCAUCUUGGAGGCGAUGAAGUGCCAUUCAAAUGUUGGGAGAGUAAUUCUCAAAUUAUUAAUUUCAUGAAGGAGCACAAUAUGACGAAAAAUUUCACACUCCUGGAAAAUCUCUACAUCAGUAAAUUGAUCAAUAUAACGAAUAAUCUCAAUUCGAAAACAAUCGUCUGGCAAGAGGUAUUCGAUAAUGGAGUGAAAAUCGAAAACGACACAAUCGUUCAAGUUUGGAUUGGUCCAGCUUGGAAAAAGGAAAUUAGUAAAGUAACAAACGCCGGAAAUCCUGUGUUACUUUCAGCUUGUUGGUACCUCAGUGAUCUUUUAAGUGGAGGAGAUUGGAAAAAAUUUUACUACUGUGAUCCACUGUUAUUUUCCGGUUCUAAGGAUCAAAAGAAACUUAUGUUGGGGGGUGAGGCUUGUAUGUGGGGGGAAUAUGUCGAUAGGAAUAAUUUGCAUCAAAGAAUUUGGCCGAGAGCAAGUGCAGCUGCUGAACGACUUUGGAGUUUUAACAUACAACCUAUGAAUUUCGUCUCUAAACGUCUUGAGGAACAUUCUUGCCGAAUGAACAAACGUGGUGUUCCCGCUCAGCCUCCCAAUGGAUCCGGUUUCUGUUUAAUUUGAAAACAGAUCAAUUUUCACAGUCGGCACUCAUUCACAUUUAUCGCAGGUAAAUUAGCAAUUUUUUUUUUAAUUAUAGAAAUAUUUUUC